UCCGGAAGUGCGUCAGUAAGGGAGACGGUGCAGUAAGUCCCGCCGCCCCAGACGAAAGCCAUGGAUGGUGACGGUUCAGCCCGAGCAGGAUGGAGGUCUGCCCCAAAAAAAGUGAACAAAAUGAGUCAGAAUAUUCUGCGGCAAGAGGAACUUAUUGCUCAGAAGAAAAGGGAAAUUGAAGCUAAAAUGGCAGAAAAAGCCAAGAAUUACAUCCCUGUGAUUGAGAAUUCUUCGCCUCCUAGAACAGAGAACCUGCAGGGGUCAUCAUCUAAUAAAUUUGCAAAUGACGGAAGCUUCUUGCAGCAGUUCCUGAAGAUGCAGAAGGAGAAGUCAAACCAAGAUUCUAGCUCAGCUGUGUCAAGUGCUUCUCAGCCUCAGAAAAAGGGUAUUCUUAUUGGGAAGCGUCCUGGCCUUGGGGUUGCCAAUAUGCUUAGCCAGAUAAAAAGCUACUCCCAUGCCAAGCAGAGCCCAAGCCUUAGCCGGCCAAGUGUCUUUACAUCUCCUGACGAUGAUGAUGAGGAGGAAGAGACGGAUGAUGCACAAUUCCUUGAAGUCAAAGUUUCCCCCCCAGAGGACUGUGAAACCCGCACUAUCUUGGAGAAGUUGGCCCAGUUUGUAGCAGAAGGGGGACCUGAGCUGGAGCAGAAGGCAAAAGAGGAUUAUAAGGACAAUCCAGCAUUCUCAUUUUUGUAUGACAAGAAUAGUCGUGAUUAUCUGUACUACAGACGCAAGGUUGCAGAACUGAGAAAAGUGAACCAGAAAUAUGAAUCUUCCUCUUCUUCAGAUGUUUCACCCCCAGCGGAUCCAGAGAUGCGCAGAGUUGCAGAAAAACUGGCCAGGUUUGUGGCAGAUGGCGGGCCAGAAGUGGAAGCAAUUGCUAUUCAGAACAAUCGUGAGAACCCUGCCUUCAGGUUUUUGUAUGAGACAGAUUCCAAAGAACAUCAGAUCUACAGGAGAAAGGUGGAGGAGUUUCGCCAGGCCAGUAAAGUGCAGAGUCAAACCUGUGGUAAAGAGCCUCUUGGUGGACAUAAACACAAGAUCAGUCCUGCUGCUGUUCCAGCUCCUUCAGAAUUUACAUCUUCUGCUUCUAAGAAAAAGAGAAAAAGUCGCUGGGGAGCAGAGGAUGACAAAGUGGACAUUCCCAUUCCAUCCAUUGUUGUGCCACCAGAAGAUGUAAGCCCAGUGCUCACUGCUCAAGAGCUGAAAGGCCUUGGCUAUGAGAAGGGAAAGCCUGUUGGUCUGGUGGGAGUGACUGAACUGACUGAAGACCAGAAGAGGCAACUAAAGGAGCAGCAGGAGAUGCAGCAGAUGUUUGACAUGAUAAUGAAACACAAGAGAGCCAUGCAGGAAAUGCAGCUAAUGUGGGAGAAAGCAGUCAAGGACCACCAGCAUGAGUAUGACAGCGAUGAGGAGAUUGACCAAGAGGAAGGCACUUGGGAGCAUCGCCUGCGUCAGAUGGAAAUGGAGAAGACUAGAGAGUGGGCAGAGCAGCUGACAGAAAUGGGUAAAGGUAAACACUUUAUUGGUGACUUUCUUCCCCCUGAUGAGCUGGAAAAAUUCAUGGAGACAUUUAAAGCUCUGAAAGAGGGCAGAGAGCCUGAUUACUCUGAGUACAAGGAGUUUAAACUAACAGUGGAGAACAUUGGUUUCAAAAUGUUAAUGAAAAUGGGCUGGAAAGAAGGGGAUGGCUUGGGAUCUGAUGGACAAGGAAUCAAAAAUCCAGUACCUAGAGGAACAACAGCGGUGGAUGGAGCUGGUUUUGGAGUAGACCGACCAGCAGAGCUCACGAAGCAAGAUGACGAAUAUGAUGCAUUCCGAAAGAGGAUGAUGUUAGCUUAUCGUUUCAGGCCUAAUCCUCUGAAUAAUCCGAGGCGGCCCUACUACUGAAUAGAAGUUUAUCAGUGCUCUCUUUCUUUUGUAUGUCAUUGAUCACAUUACUGUCGCAAACAGUUGUGUGCUGCUUUAUGGAAUGGACCAGCAACACUUCAAUUUCAAAGAGCUUUUGAAGGAUUUUGUUACGACUUCUGUCCUACACUUCUGAAGAUAUCUCUGUAAAUUUUCAAACUGUAUUCUCAUCCACAAUUGCCAUAGUGUAUGAAUUAUGUGACUGUCUGACUUUGAAAUUUGCUGUUUUACUUGUAAAUAAUUCAUUAGUAAUAUUCUCCUUUGUAAAAUGCAUAAGCCACAAGUGUCUGAGUUAGGCUUCUUUUCCGUGAGUUAAGAUUCAUAUGAAAUUAAUGAAAACAUGGCUGAGAAGAGUUGUUUGUUACUUGGCACAGCCUAUUAAAACCUAUGCAUGUACUGUUGUCUUCAAUAAAACUUUAUUUUUGAAAUUA